UUUCAUUUUAGUCCUGACACCCAGAGAACGGUAUGGCUGCUCCCCCAGCACAGCUCAUACUAAUCUCUCUCCUCUGCCAGCUGACAGUGCUAGCAGCCUCUGAAGCCAUCCAGGAGCUCAUUGGGGCCGUCGGUGGAUCUGUGACCUUCUCUGUGAAUUUCACAGUACAGCAAGUUGACAGUAUUGACUGGACUUUCAACAAAACCCGUCUUGUCACUGUAGAGCCAGCUACAGGAGACAAACAGGCCACUUUCAUAGCAGCACAGAAACGGAACAAGCCCAGGAUAGCUUUCCAAGAUGGAGGCUACUCUCUGACGUUCAGCCAGCUGAAGAAGAGUGACUCAGGCAUCUACUCUGUGGAAGUACACCGUCCAGACUCCCAGGAGGACCUCAUCCAGAAGUAUAGGCUGCAUGUCUAUGAAUUCCUAUCAAAGCCCAGAGUUACCACGAGUCUACAAAGCCAUAAGAAUGGCACCUGUAUAACCAACCUGACAUGUUCUGUGGAAGAGGGAGGAGAGGAUGUGACUUACAGCUGGAAGGCCUUGGAUCAGGCAGCCAAUGAGUCUUAUGAUGGCUCCAUCCUCCCGAUCUCCUGGACCCUCGGGGGACACAACACGACCUUCAUCUGCAUGGCCAGGAACCCUGUCAGCAGCAACUCUUCAAGCCCCAUCCUUGCCCAGAUGCUCUGUCGAGGUGCUGCUGAAGACUCAGGUCCUGCCCUGAGUCUCCUGUUGGUGUUCAUCCUGUUAAGCCCCCUUGUAUUCGUGACAUUUGGGUUGAUUAUAUGGACAACUAGAAGAAAAGAGCCCAUUAAAAGCAAGCGUGAACUGGACACCCACCAAGAAGUGCCUAGCUUUUACCCCAAUUCUGCAGAAAACACAGAGUAUGACACAAUCCCCCACAUUCAGAAAAGUUAUCCAGGAGAAGAUGCAGCAAAUUCUCUUUAUUCUACUGUGCAAAUACCAAAAAAGGUACAGGUGGAGAAGCCCCACUUACCAGACACACCGAAGCAGUUUGGCUAUGAGAACAUCAUCUAAACACCAGAGUGCUCUUUCAAGUCUCAGAAGGACAUAAAAGAAUUCCUUGGUAAUAAACUUCAAGAAAAAUCAAGUGCUGGGCAUGGUGUGCUACCACACUGUAAUCUCAGCACUCAUCAGACUAAAGCACGAUGGCCUGGGGCUCAAGGACAACACUGAUGAUACAGUGAAGCACUGUUCUGUCCAAGGGGAUUUUUUUUGUUGCUGCCAUCAAUUGUGGGCGUCAGACUCCAGCUUUGUCAGCCUCUCAAUGCAAACUCACAUCAGCAAAUUUUCAGCUCUCAGUCUCGGACUGGCACUGCUUUCUGAUCUCCCUUGUUACGUGGCUUCCACAUUCCUGGGCUGAGCAACUGUUAG